GGCGGGGCCCGGCAAGACGAGCGGAGCGUGCCUAUGCAUUCCCUCGUCGUCGUCGUUGGCAGCUCUCGUUCUAUAAAUUGGAUACCAGCAGCGGCAUCCUCCACUCGAUCCAGAUAUCCCAGAGCAACGACGCAUACGGAGCACACAGCAUUGCAGUAUAGCAAGCGCCAGCCUUGGUUUGCAUCGUCCUCGCUCGCUGCUAACUCAGAGCACGCAUCAUCAUCAGCAUUUGCGCGACGUUGAUCGAGAGAGCUAGUCAGAUGCAACGUCAGAGAGCUAAGAUGCCGGCAGGCCAGCUGAGCUGGCCGUUACUGCUAGGCGCGGUGUUAGCCUUUGGAGUUGCAGCUAGCCCGGCCCAGGCCUCCAGGAACACUCACUACGACUUCGUUAUAAAGGAGACCAAUGUCACCCGGCUCUGCCACGAGAAGACCAUCCUGGCCGUGAACGGGCAGUUCCCCGGGCCGACCAUCUACGCGCGCAAGGACGACGUGGUCAUCGUCAAUGUGUACAACCAGGGCAGCAAGAACAUCACCCUCCACUGGCACGGCGUGGACCAGCCGCGCAACCCGUGGUCCGACGGCCCGGAGUACAUCACGCAGUGCCCCAUCCAGCCCGGCGCCAACUUCACCUACAAGAUCAUCUUCACCGAGGAGGAGGGCACGCUGUGGUGGCACGCGCACAGCGACUUCGACCGCGCCACCGUGCACGGCGCCAUCGUCAUCCACCCCAAGCGCGGCACCGUCUACCCUUACCCCAAGCCGCACAGGGAGGUGCCCAUCAUCCUCGGCGAGUGGUGGAACGCGGACGUGGAGCAGAUCCUCCUCGAGUCCCAGCGGACCGGUGGCGACGUCGAUGUCUCGGACGCCAACACCAUCAACGGCCAGCCCGGCGACUUCGCCCCGUGCUCCAAGGCGGACACCUUCAAGAUGUCCGUGGAGCACGGCAAGACGUACCUGCUCCGAGUCAUCAACGCGGGGCUCACCAACGAGAUGUUCUUCGCCGUCGCCGGGCACCGCCUCACCGUGGUCGGCACCGACGGCCGCUACCUCAAGCCGUUCACCGUCGACUACAUCAUGAUCUCCCCUGGACAGACCAUGAACAUGCUGCUCGAGGCCAACCGCGCCACCAACGGCUCGGCCAACAGCCGCUACUACAUGGCCGCGAGGCCCUUCUUCACCAACGCGGGACUCCCGUUCGACGACAAAAACACCACGGCCAUCCUGGAGUACACGGACGCGCCGCCCGCCGCGGGGCCACCGGACUUCCCCGAGCUGCCGGCCAUCAACGACACCGCCGCGGCAACGGCGUACACGGCGCAGCUACGGUCCCUGGUCACCGAGGAGCACACGAUCGACGUGCCAAUGGAGGUUGACGAGCACAUGCUCGUGACGAUCUCCGUCAACACGCUCCCCUGCGGUGCCAACCAGACGUGCGCCGGCCCCGGAGGCAACCGCCUCGCGGCGAGCCUGAACAACGUCAGCUUCGUGAGCCCGACGACCGACAUCCUCGACGCCUACUACCACUCCACCAGCGGCGUGUACGACCCGGACUUCCCCAACAAGCCGCCCUUCCUCUUCAACUUCACGGCACCCAACCCGCCACAGGAGUUCUGGCUCACGAAGCGGGGCACCAAGGUGAAGGUCCUGGAGUACGGCACCGUCGUGGAGGUGGUGUUCCAGGACACGGCCAUCCUCGGCGCCGAGAGCCACCCCAUGCACCUGCACGGCUUCAGCUUCUACGUGGUGGGCCGAGGGUUCGGUAACUUCGACAAGGACAAGGACCCGGCCACGUACAACCUGGUCGACCCGCCGUACCAGAACACCGUCUCUGUGCCCACGGGCGGCUGGGCUGCGAUGCGUUUCCGCGCGGCAAAUCCUGGUGUGUGGUUUAUGCAUUGCCACUUCGAUCGUCACACGGUGUGGGGCAUGGACACUGUGUUCAUCGUGAAAAAUGGCAAGACCCCAAACGCUCAAAUGAUGCCACGUCCUCCUAACAUGCCCAAGUGCUAAGGAAACGAAGCCAUGCAUGACUGCCAGAGUGUAUGUAUGCAAGAGCAAGACAAUCCAGCAAGAUAACUAAUCUCAGAUAAUUGAUUUAUUUAUUUAUUCGUGGUACAGAUUUUAAGUAGACUGUUUCUUCUGGUCAGUUGAGACGAUGUAAUUAGUGUUGUUUGUAUUCUUUUCUCCCUCUCUUUUCACUUGGACGGAAGAGAAAAAUAAAUUCGUUGUAUUUAUUAUUUGUGUGGAUUUACUCCUAGUUCAAUCUUCAAGUGUAAUUAAACAAUGUAUGUCACGGAGCUACAUUAUGCACACAUCCCGUGAAAAUUCAAUAUAAACAUGUGCUUCUUAUGUGCACUUUUUUUUU